UUAUUCUUUGUCAUCAAAGCCUCCCAAUUAUUAUCACCCACUUCAUCCAUUUCACAAUCAAACAUCUCAGAAAGAGAGAGAGAGAGAGAGAGAAAGUGAGAGAAGAAAAGCAGGAAGAAUGAAGAGGAUACCUCGCAUCAAAUUUCCUGAUAGACACCCUAAACCUUCUUCAACUUCUGGUGUUGAGUCCCAACCAAAGCCACCUUCAGGAAACACGAACACUCGCAAGCUUUCAACAUCAAAGUCUGACGUUCCUGCACCACCUAACUCCACGGGAGGGGGUGGUAAAGCUUCACUUCAGCCUAAACGCACACCAGUCUCAGACAAAGAGAUGGAAGCUAUCUUGUUGGGUGGCUGCGUUUAGUUUCAUUUCAGAAAGUUGUCAAAACAAAGACCCUUCUGCAUUUUCAAUUUUUUUGUUGCUUAUCCUUCCAAUGAAAAUGUGACCAUGAGCUGAAGACUGCAUUUCCAACCUCAUUGGUGUGAGACACAUUUGGACUUGGCAAAUUGGGAAUGUUGUUUUCGCAACUCUGUAUAACCAUCAGAUGUACUGCAAUAUGUUUUCUGUCUAUAUAAUAAGUUUUAUCUUAUGGAGUUAACAGACUCACAGUGAUCUUUGCA